CUCAAAGAACAAGUCGCGUAAAAAGCGCAUAAAUGAUAAAUCGCACCACUAUUUGAACUAGAAUUCGCUCCGAUUCCCUGUUUAGGAAAAAGGACAAAUUUUUGUACAGAAAGAAUGAAAAAUUCAAGAUGCGACGCCAUGGUGAUGGAGAAGAAAGAAGACCAGGAAGAGGACGAUAGAAGGGAAGCAGUCAUAGCAUCGACUCCGUCAUUGCAAUCCAAUUUCGAGCCGAAAGGAGGCAUCACCCAAGCUCAGCUUUCCAAGUUUCAAGAAUUGCACAGGAGGCGUUUACAGAUAAAAUCAAAAACAAAGACUAAGAAGACAUCAAGAGGAAGUGGUGGCAGGAAUGGAAAAUCUCACAGCAAAGACAAUGUCCAAGAUUGUGCUGAUGAAGAUUCAACUAUAGCAAUUGAAGAGUCCGUUGUUUCCGACUCUGAAAGACACAAUAAUAAAAGCAAUUCCUCCUUUAAGCAGAACAAUUUAGCUACUCCUAUUGGAUCAAAGCAGCGCCAAAAGUUACAUUGGGGGCUUGACACAAAGGAGAGGUGGGAAAGGAAAGCGAACAUGUAAACAUUGCCAUGGAAGUGAAUUGCAGCCAGUUUUUGCAAAAGUGCGCUGAUAUUGGUUAUAUUGCAGAUGCUUUUGCGUUUUUCUUUUUCCUUUUCCCUUUUCUAGCGCAUAUGCUUGCUGAUAGACCAUCAAUCUAGCUCAUACCAUGUAUAUAAUUGGGAGUGUCACCUUCCCAACUGGCUGCUGUAUCUUGGUAAGUGUUGCAUACGUAGUGGUGGAAUAUGAAAUGAUUAAUUGUGGAAGAGAGUAGGUUCAUAGAUAUUAGAAACAAAAAAGAAUGAUAGUGAUGGUUUCCAA